UCAGUCUUCUCUCAAAUUGGCUGACUCUUGCCUCUUCAAUUUUGAUUCGCUCUUCAAUUCAAAUGACACUGGUUAUGCUACGAACAGUAGAGAGUAGGCUCUGAAAUGGUGUAAUAAACUAGAGAUGGGGACUGGGGGUUGUUUGAUUGAUGGUCCCCCUGCGACUAGUGCGCCUCACAGACAACUCACGCCCCAGUCUUCCACACCAGCUCAAGCAGGAAUGUCGAUUCGCAACUGUGUCAGAUGAUUUGCCAGCGUUGAGCAUUCGCCAGUUACAGUCAGCCUACUUUUGCCUUGCCUCUUUGCAGUAGUCUCCCAAUCAUAACUUUUGUUCAUGGCUGUUGGUGAUGAUCUGACAACCAUUUUCGUCCAGAAAAGUUUGUUUCGGCGUUUUUAUGCCUGUUCCGUAAAUAGAAAUGAAGAUAUAUGGAUUAAUUCAAUCAAGCGUUAAUUGGGAUCCUGUCAUAAUGGGACAGUCACUGAUAAAAUGAGCCUUCUGCUCAUAUUCAGUUCCAACAGCAUCAAGAAACGGAGUUGAACUCAGUGAAGACUAUCAAGACUACUGUUACUAGAUCUGUAAGAGUGGCUACUAUGGCUUCUAGCCUGACAUGUGCAGGUUUCAUAUGGACCCUUCUGUCCCUCCUGUGUGCUGCGGCCUCCUGUGUCGGCUUUUUCAUGCCAUACUGGCUGCUGGGUUCUCAGAUGGACAAGCCCGUGUCCUUUGGCACAUUCCGACGCUGCUCCUACCCAGUGAGGGACGAGGAGAUGCAGGCCACGGUGAUGUUGGAGCAGUGUGGGCGCUAUGCCUCCUUCCAGGGCAUCCCUAGUCUGGAGUGGAGGAUCUGUACUAUUGUGACAGGUGUGGGGUGUGGCCUGCUGCUUUUGGUGGCCCUUACUGCCCUCAUGGGCUGCUGCAUCUCUGACCUCAUCUCCAGAACCAUUGGUCGCGUGGCUGGUGGAAUCCAGUUUGUUGGAGGACUGCUAAUAGGAUCUGGCUGUGCCCUCUUCCCCCUAGGCUGGGACAGUGAAGAGGUCCGACAGACCUGUAACAACAGCUCAGACCAGUUUAAACUGGGUUCCUGUCAGAUUGGCUGGGCAUACUACUGCACUGGGGCUGGGGCGGCGGCAGCCAUGCUGCUAUGUACCUGGCUGUCCUGUUUUGCUGGGAAAAAGCAAAAGCAGUACCCUUACUGACGGAGUGAAGCGUGAGAGAAAGAAGCAAGGGACAGGGAUUUGGCUACAAAAGGGACGAUUAUGUGUCAGUGUACAGCACAAGAGAACAUCACAUUACAGCACAAUAAAGGCAGGAUAAUUAACGGUACUAUGUUCAUCAGGAGGCACACUUUGUCUGAACCACUUCAGAUACUUUUUACUGUGGAGUGCACAACCAUGUUUUCAGAAAGCUGAUAUUUGUCUCUGUUAGUUGAGGUGAAAAAUAGAAGGACCAAUCCAAACAAUGUCGUGUAACUAUAUAUCUUGUUAAAACAGUGUUUUCUUUUCUCCAUGGACUCCAUGUUUUGUGAUUUUUUGGUGCUGUUAGGCGUCUCUGUGUUGUAUUCAUGGCUUAUGCUUGCCUUAAAACACUGGGGGGAAAAUCACAAAAAAUACAUAAAAAAUACUGUAAAUGCAAAAAAAAUCCUUGUGUAAAGCAAGCCUUUUUCUUUCAUAAAACCCAUUCAGAUUCAAAAGACCUAAUAAUAGUUUAUUAAUGUAUGCUUUCGAUUUACAGCAUGAAUUGUGUAUGAUCAUGGAUAUUUGACCAUAUUAGCAAAUGUUUUGUAUACACAUUUCAAUCUGUUUGUAAAUAACUAUUCAUUAUCUAGGUAUUGAAGUGUAUGUGUGUUUUUAUUUUUUGUGUUGAUUUAUUUGUACAGCAGAGCCAAUUUCCACAACGUUGGAUGGUCACGAUAACUUGAUUGGCCACUCUACCUUCACUCAUAACAAGCACUCUCAUGACCUCGUAUUUUGCAUUGAUUUUAGUUAAUAUGGUAUGAUUAGAUAACUUAUCGUUGGUUGAGAUUAACCAUGUUAUAAUCGUGCUAAUGUAAAGGGUAUGUCUGGGAAUGGAGAUUAGCUUUGAAAAUACAAGCAGAGAUUGAUAUUUCAACAGUAUGUUGUAAUAUCAUGCCACUGUUGCCAUCAAUGCUUGUAUGUUCAGUUCUGUGGAGCCCUCAAAGUUUAAUGAUCGCCAAACUAUUUCUAGUAUUGCAUGCAUGUUGCACACACUUCUGUUUAACUCAAACAUGGUUUACUAAAUAACAGUGUAUCAAUUCAUAAGGGACUAACCAAAAAUGGAGGCGAAGGGCUUAUUAGUAAGGAAGUGCCUCCCUUUCUACAACACAAAAGCCUUCAUGAGGAUGGGACUAUCCCUAUCCCUACCACCCACUUCUCCAUCUAUCUAUCCCUGUCCCUAUUCCUAUAUUUCUGUUAUACGUCCUUUCACUACAAUAACUGCUAUAUAUAGAACCGCAUGUAUGUUUUUGCCCUCUCUCAAUUUGAGAGAAAUGCUCAAAUGAAUGAUUAAAAAUGGUAUAUGAUUAUUUUCACAUUCACAUUGAGUUUACCCAUGCCUGAAAAAGAAAUAGCAAAGUGCAUUUGAUGGUUAAUUUCCAUGAUAUUAUCUAGUACAACGCUAGCAUUUUUUUUAAAUCGACUGCUCAAUUGACAUGUAACUUAUGGUCUGCAAAUUUAUUUGCUCGUUUGGGUUGGAUAGAAUACUCAAAUCAUAAAUUUAACACCUCUCUACUGAUCCCCCUCAACAGUUCUCAAGCACUCUAUUGUUCUACUGCACUCUACUGCCAUCUUGAGGCUGAUUAACAGCUACAGUUUGUCCACAUGUACAAGGAACUUAUUCUGUCCUUAUAGACAAGAUUUGGAACAAAUCAAAAACUCUUCUGAUUGAAGGUGACAGCUUUCUGUUUGGUUUCUUAAGAUUUCCGCUGGGUGCUACUCAGACGUUAUUGUCUUGAAAAUAAGAAGGGAGCAUGUGCAUAAAGUCUGCACUCUUUCACCCUUUAUGACCGGUCAAAGAGAAACCCACAUUGCAUUGUCACACUGACUGUUUUACUGUACAACUGUACAUUCAAACACUAAUCUUAAAUUAAAAACACUUGUGUGGUCUCUUGGCUGCAUGUUCUUUAAACUCUGAACUCCGCACCACCCAACAUGUCUGACUGAAGACGUUCCUCCAAAUAUUGUCCAUCUACCAUUGUAUUCUGUACUUUAUUAUACUGGAUUGUAAGAGAUCUUCUGUGAACUAUCUGUGUAUUGAGGGAGGGCCAGUAUUUUCAGCUGAGUUAAAUUAUCAGCUGUGUAUUUUUCUUUUUAGCUGUAGCAGUAUGGUUUGCAUUUCCAGGAACCCUCACACAGCCUGUUCUCCUGUGUCUUAGUUCCAAGCCGACAGCUUAAAACGUCUGAUCCUUAAGGUGUUUAAGGUAGAGCAGGGAACCCCGAAGUUCAUGAAAUUGGAUGUCCUAGUGAUAUCAUGAUGGUUUGUGUGUGGUGACCAGAGCGAGUAGUUUGGGCCUGUCCAUCAGUCUUACACAUCAUGAAAUGUUGGAGCAUGUUGAAUUUCACUUAAAACCUUACAUAACAGUCCAGCUGCAAUGAACCUGUGUGGAACCUGACCUCGGGCAGCCUGCUGUUGAUUCAGAUGGUUGUGUAGCUGUGUUUUUUAUUUGGUUAUUUGCCUUUGAAGGAAGGACAGACAGAAGAUGAAGACUGUGUGAAGAUGGAUACCAUGUUAAGACAGACCAGCCUAAUGACUGCAUAAAGCCUUCAGGACUUCAGGACACAUUAGUGAGUUGUAGACAAAGGCCUACAUUCAAACCAACAUACAGUGUUACGUAAUAGUCUCUAGACUAACAUACAUUCGUUGGCCACACACUCAGGUGACCAAAGACAGUUUGUUUAACCUACAGUCCGAUGGAAUUUGCUAUUUGUACGCACAUGCAUUCCAAAAAUAUGUAGCAACAGGUGUAAGGAAGAAACUGAAAUACUCGUGUAUUCCAAGAAACAGUAACACAAAGUAGAAUAUGGGGGGAUUCCAGUCAAAUGAACAGAGUGGAUUUAGGGGAAAUCCACAUUUUGUAGGUGUAUCGGAAUUUCAUCAUGUCUGUUUCAUGCUGAGACAUGUGGAUUAUUUCACUGUUGUGCCGUUCCACCCUGUUCUGUAAGCAGCAAUGCCGAACCUUAACGCAUUUACCAUAACGGUAAAGAACUUUGCAUAAACCCACAGACUUACACAAUCACACACCCACAUAACCACUUUAUACCUGCCUAUU